UUUUCAGUUUGAUUCUCAGCCUGUGCCCCAACACUUUUGGAAAACAUUUCAUAUUAAAUUGGCAGCAAAAUACAAUAUUUCAGUAAUUUUAAAAAGUAUAGGAAAUGGAGACAAUUUGUCAAUUUUUUCGCAGUAAUUACAUCUUGGCCAACUGCGAGGAUGUAAUUUGCAAAAAGGCAUUUUGCUUAAAUCUAUCGCACUUUCAAAUGUCCGAGCUGCCUGAAAUUAUUAAGCACUGCGAGACGUUGAUGAAAUUGUUUCUAAAUCAGAACAAACUCACAAAGUUGCCCUCAAGCCUGGGUACCCUAAUACGCUUGCAAGUGCUGACACUGGACUACAAUAAGCUGGACGAGUUUCCAGAGUGCGUUUGUCAGUUGGUUCGAUUGAAAUUCCUGAAUAUAAGCUGCAAUAACAUAAGCCGCUUGCCGCCAGAAUUCGGGCAGUUAACAAAUUUAGAGACAUUCUGGUGCAAUCAUACGGGUCUGCUACAACUGCCUACGGAAAUAACCAACUGUGAGCAUCUCCAAACUCUGGGCAUUCGUGGUAAUCGUUUGCGUUCCCUUCCCGAUGCCAUUGGAUUGCUUUCUGAGCUGCGCUGGCUAACGGUGGAGUGUAAUCAGUUAACGGAUUUGCCGUCAUCAUUUGGCUUGCUGCAAAACUUAAUACACUUGAAUCUGAAGGGCAACCAACUUAGACAAUUUCCACGCAGCAUGCUGACCAUGCGUAAGUUACGUUUCAUAUUCCUCAAUGAGAAUCGCAUAAAUGAUCCGCCAAAUAACAUUGAUUUCGAUGAGCUGCAAUCUGUGCGCAUGUUAAACUUGUCCAAGAAUCCAAUUGCACUAAAUGUGGAACUGCAGCGCUUGGCUUUGCUUCACAACAAUCUGUAUGUGGAAAUAGAGAGUGAGUCAGCAACACAGCCUGGCCUUAUGCUCAACCGAUCCUCAGCCAACUUGGCAGACGAGUUGAACGUUGAACAGGAGCAAGAUUCAUCCUCUGAUUGGGAGAACAGCGUACGCACCAGCCAACUGAACAGUUCCGAUGAGAGCGAAUUGGAGAACACCAUUGAGGAUUUAAGCGUUAUGCUGCCUGAAAUGUCGCGCUUUGUUACCACCUUUUAAGCUAUAAUUCUAGGGCAAAUAAAUCUCACGUGUACUGUUUA